UAAUUGUGGAGGUUUACAAAUGCGAAUGAAGGAAUUUAAGACGAAGACAAAGCAAAAAUGCCUGAAAACAUCAUCAACUACUUACCUGCGAUAUAUCCAUCACAUACACGGAAACACGACACAUUACAAGCACAGGUCAGAUGGAGACAGCGACGAUAAUUUAUUCAGGUACAGUCUGUGUGAAUAACUUUUCUCCAGUUCACCAGAUGGUGCCACUGUAGGGCUUACUGGGCGUAUACAAUAAAAUAGUCCGGUGGUGAAUGGAUGGCAACGAGGACUCUCCUGAUUUAUUUACAUAGCAUGCUCCAUUAAUUUACUUUUAUUCUGUCGGCGGGAUAUAUCUGUCAGGCUGUCUUAGAUAUGUGAUAAUAAUGUGACAGGGUGGACAGGAGUGAACAGCAGAGAGUUUUCUCCGAGCGUCGGGUGGGCGGAGUCUGUCUCCCUGCGUGUUGUCAUCACGGAGGUAGGUGCUGGAUGGAUAUCGCUAUGGUCUGCGCUCCUUCAGUCCGGAGGCUGAGACUGACAGAGCGAGAUGUGAGACGGACCACCGCAGCUUCAACUGGCUUUUACCCUCUUCUUUUUUUAAAGGAUAACUGAAAGCAUUAACAACCUUCGCAAACAACUGGACAGGACACCGCUCGCAUUUAAAGAUCCAACUCUUCCAGCUGUCGUUCUGCAUCGGUGGCACGCUGUGAGAAAAGACUCCACUGCGCUGUGCCUCAGCGCUCCUCAGACACUUGUCCUUGACAUCCAAAUGCUGCGUGUCGAUCGUUGUGCCAGCCGCCUUCUGUGAGUUAUGACGACGGCUGCCUCAUUGACUCAGGAAAGAGGCUCCUCCUCCACUCACCACUGAGCAAAUCACAUGAUGUAAUGAAGACGGGUCCUGAAAGUGUGCUCUUCAAGGAGUCUGCCAGCAGGAUAUGAGUAUUUUGAGCCCUGUGACGGAUAACAAAUCAAACCUUGUGGGAAUUGUGGGAGGCCCAGAAGAAUACUCCAGAGCCAUGCAGACAGAGGAGCUAUUUGGCAGGAAACUCAAAGCCUUGAAUAGUAGCAUGGGACCACCAGCCUCCAACAUGCAGGGGAAACCUGAAGGCGCAGGCAAAACAAAUGGUACCCCAGCCAUGCCUAAAAUGGGUGUCAGGGCCAGGGUGACGGAAUGGCCACCACGGAAAGAUGGAUGGGACGGUCGGCCUUCCCCCAACUAUCAGAGUGUGAUACCGGUAUUUCAGAACGGCCAACAGGAACACGCAGUGGAAAUACUGGAGCAAGGCGAAGCAGUCUGUGUGGAGGUGGACUACUCUGACAAAUACUCGCUGAGUGACCUUCUCAGCCACUCCCCACUGAAGGGUCUCCAUCCGAUCCGUCAACGCAGCAACAGCGAUGUUACUAUUAGUGACAUUGACUCUGAGGACAUAAUGGACCAGAAUGCUGUCAAUCCAAACACUGGGGCCUCGCUGCACCGCGAAUACGGCAGCACAUCCUCCAUUGACCGCCAAGGUUUGAGUGGAGAUGGCUUUUUCACCAUGCUUCGGGGCUACCGAGUUGACACCCUGGACCACCGUAGCAUUCCGCCUCUGGGUUUCCCUGAGUUGUUGCGCUGCGAUGCCUCCCUCUCCCCCAGCCUGCAGACUGCAGCCCAGAUUGCCAGGGGUGAGAUAGUCCACAUUCCAGGCUACGACUACAUUGACAGCUCUCUUCUCUAUAGCCGGGAGCGGGAGAAGUCAUUCAUGAGGCGUCUUAAAUCGGAAUCAUCCGAGACGUCUCUCUUUAGGAAACUGCGGACCAUCAAAAGCGAGAGCGACGCCUUGAGGCUCUCAAUAGAGGAUGACCGGCGUCCGCUCAGCUUCCAGAAAUGCUUCGCGCACUAUGAUGUCCAGAGCGUUCUUUUUAACAUUAGCGAGGCGGUGGCGAGCAGAGCUAACCUGAGCCAGAGGAAGAACACCACUACGGGGGCUUCAGCCGCAUCAGCUGGAAUAGGGCCUGGAGCUGCUGGAGUGAUUGGAGUUGGAGCUGGUGCUGGACCUGGAGCUGGACCUGGAAUAGGGAACGAUGGCGGAGCAGCAGGAUGUAGCAAUGUGAAUGCCCCCUUGUUUGAGUCACCGCUGGGCAGCAGGGAGGACUUGAACCCUAAGGAGAACUUGGACGUUGACGAGGGGGAUGGGAAGGGCAACAAUUUGGUGCUGAGCUGUCCACACUUUCGCAAUGAAAUUGGCGGUGAGGGCGAGAGGAGGAUCUCCCUCUCCAGAGCCAACAGUGCCAACUACAGUGGUGUGUCAGAGAGCUGCUCUUUUGAAUCAUCUUUAAGCUCCCACUGCACCAAUGCUGGAGUCUCUGUGCUAGAGGUGCCUCGAGAAAACCAGCCUAUCCACAGGGAGAAGGUCAAACGCUACAUCAUUGAGCACAUCGACCUUGGAGCAUACUACUACCACAAGUACUUCUAUGGGAGAGAACAUCAGAACUAUUUCGGGUUCGAUGACAAUCUUGGACCUGUGGCCGUCAGCAUCCGCAGGGAGAGGCUGGACGAUGGGAAGGAGAAAGACGGGAUGCAGUUCAACCACAGAGUCACCUUCAGAACCAGCCAGCUGACUACGCUCCGCGGAGCCAUCCUGGAGGAUGCCAUUCCAUCCACUGCACGACACGGGACGGCCCGAGGCCUGCCGCUGAAAGAAGUGCUCGAGUACGUCAUCCCUGAGCUUAAUAUCCAGUGUCUGAGGCUGGCCCUCAACUCCCCAAAGGUCCCGGAGCAGCUACUCAAGUUGGAUGAGCAGGGGCUAAGCUUCCAGCACAAGGUAGGAGUGCUUUACUGCAAGGCUGGCCAGAGCACAGAGGAGGAGAUGUACAACAACGAGAGCGCCGGGCCAGCACUCGAGGAGUUCUUGGAUCUGCUUGGCCAGAGGGUGCGGCUCAAAGGCUUCACCAAGUACAGAGCCCAGCUGGAUAACAAGACCGACUCCACGGGCACACACUCUCUCUACACCACCUACAAGGACUAUGAGCUGAUGUUUCACGUGUCCACCAUGCUCCCUUACACACCCAACAACAGACAGCAGUUAUUAAGGAAGAGGCACAUUGGCAACGAUAUCGUCACCAUAGUAUUCCAGGAGCCCGGGGCGCUUCCUUUCACUCCAAAACACAUCCGCUCCCAUUUCCAACAUGUGUUUGUCAUCGUCAAAGUCCACAACCCCUGCACUGAUAACGUCUGCUACAGCGUGGCUGUGUCCAGAUCUAAAGACGUGCCUCCAUUCGGCCCCCCUAUUCCCAAGUCUGUGACUUUCCCAAAGUCAGCCGUUUUCAGGGACUUCCUGCUCGCCAAGGUCAUCAAUGGAGAAAAUGCCGCACACAAGUCAGAAAAGUUCCGAGCCAUGGCGACUCGCACGCGGCAGGAGUACCUGAAGGAUCUGGCUGAGAACUUUGUCAGCACAACUACUAUUGACAAUGCUGUCAAAUUCAGCUUCAUCACCCUGGGGGCCAAGAAGAAGGAGAAGGUGAAACCGAGGAAGGACGCACAUCUGUUCAGCGUGGGAGCCAUCACGUGGAGUGUUCGCGCCAGGGACUUUGGCCAGUCGAUGGACGUGGACUGCUUGCUCGGCAUUUCUAAUGAGUUUAUUGUGCUCAUCGAGGAAGAAUCCAAAAAUGUGGUCUUCAACUGCUCUUGUCGUGACGUCAUCGGGUGGACCUCAGGGAUUAUGAGCAUUAAGAUCUUCUAUGAACGCGGGGAGUGUAUCAUGCUGUCUGCCCACGACAACUGCGGAGAGGACAUCAGGGAGAUGGUGCAACGACUGGAGAUCACCACCAGAGGCUGCGAGACAUCAGAGAUGACUUUGCGUCGCAACGGCCUCGGCCAACUCGGUUUCCACGUCAACUUUGAAGGCAUCGUGGCCGAUGUGGAGCCCUUCGGCUUCGCCUGGAAAGCUGGGCUGAGGCAGGGCAGCCGGCUGGUGGAGAUCUGCAAGGUGGCUGUCGCUACUCUCACCCACGAGCAGAUGAUCGACCUGUUGCGCACAUCCGUCAGUGUCAAAGUGGUGAUAAUCCAGCCUCAUGAAGAUGGCACCCCCAGAAGUUUUUUCCAUCCACAUCCCCGCCCUCCAUCCCUCCCUCUCAGGGGCUGCUCCGAGCUCUACCGCAUUCCCAUGGUGGAGUACAAAGUCGACAGCGAGGGUACACCCUGCGAGUACAAGACACCUUUCAGGAGAAACACCACCUGGCAUCGGGUGCCCACAGCUGCAGGAGCACAGCUAUCCCGAGGCUCACCCACGCAGGGCCCUGACCGCCUGCAGUGCCAGCAGAUUCUCCAGCAGCACCAGGCAGCUAUCCCACGGAGCACCUCCUUUGAUCGAAAGCUGCCAGAUGGGUCCAGGACGAUGCAGGAUAUGGAGAACCCACAGGUCACCUCGUGUAACAAGGGAGACCAGCACUACCGCAGCUCCCCCAGUAACCAGUCCUCCUCCAGUGAUCCAGGACCGUGCGGCAGCGGCACCUGGUCCCAGCAGCCUGGAUAUGACGGGUGUCCCUCCCCGAUCCUCCAUGAGCGUGCGGGGGACAUGCAGGGGGGAGACGGGGAGAUGCACAGGGAGAGGGAGCCCACCCUGGAGAGGACCAGGUCUGCAGAGGCCAAAUGGCACAUCCCCUCCACCAAGAUCCUGAACCCUCUGAAGCAGAGAGAAGGAGGAAAAGACUCACCCAACAAGCUGUCCAGGACGGGCGAUAAAAACUCGAGCCACUCAAGUAGCAACACUCUCUCGAGCAACGCCUCCAGCAACAGCGACGAUAAGCACUUUGGCUCUGGAGACUUGAUGGACCCAGAGAUGCUGGGCCUCACAUACAUCAAAGGGGCAUCCACAGACAGCGGCAUAGACACUAAUCCUUGUGUGGCCCCUGGGGCCCGGGUGUUAAUGCAGGGCAGGGUGGGGGAGCAGGGGCACCCUUGGGUAUCAGAGCACCACGAGGACGGGGCGUCAGAGGAGGAGCAUGGGAAGCUGUACCUGCCGCAGGGCUACGCCUCUGCCAUAAUGUCGAGUCAUGUGACGGAGGGAAGCAUCGGAGACCUGAGCGAGAUUUCAUCCCACUCAAGUGGCUCACACCACUCUGGCAGUCCUCUGGCCCGCGGUGCCAGAUACUGUAUGUCAGCUGACUCCUCCAAGGUGUACACCAUCCCCCAGACCAGCAGCUCACUGACAGGGCCAGAGCCGGGGCCAGGUCCCAGCUCAGAGGCCUGCGGACAGGCACGGCCGCAGGCUGGUUGCACUCUCCCAGUGGGCAUGAAGACGACCGAGGAUGAUGAUGAUGAUGCCCACAGCACUGAGGGACCUCCCAGCAUUUCAGAGUGUGGGCAGCUGUAUGCACAGGAGGCUGCCUGCCGUCUCCAGGCUGAGCGGGAUGGGAAAUCACUGCAGAGACUUUCGAAAGAAGAAUACCUGAAAAUGAUGCAGCCUGACAGCCCUCCAGGAGAAGACAGGACUCGGAAGGUGUCGGCAGUGGGCAGUUUGUCACCAAGACGCUCCACACUGUACCGGACGCUGUCAGACGAGAGCGUGUGUAGUAACCGCAAGGGUUCAUCCUACGCCAGCUCGCACAGCUCCAUGCUGGACCAAGCCAUGCCUAACGACAUCCUCUUCAGCACCACUCCACCUUACCACAGCACGCUGCCUCCUCGCAUGAUCCACAACCAGGGGGCGUCCAACCUAAGGAAUGAGUUUUGGUUCUCUGACGGCUCCUUGGCGGACAGGUCCAAGUUCAGCGACCCGGGCCUCAUGCCCCUCCCAGACACUGCCUCGGGCCUGGACUGGUCCCACCUGGUUGAUGCAGCACGAGCCUUCGAAGACCAGCGCGUGGCGUCAUUCUGCACCAUGACAGACAUGCAGCGGGCAGAGGCUCUGCAGAUCUCCAGAGAGCUGACCAGACGAGUGGUGGAGGCAGAGGGAGCAGCGCUGGAAGCAGACAGCGCCCCCUCCACCCUGACUGGCAAAGUCAACCAGUUGGAGGUGAUCCUCAGGCAGCUGCAGCAUGACCUCAGAAAGGAGAAAGAGGACAAGGCGAUGCUGCAGGAGGAGGUGCAGCACCUGAGACAGGACAACAUGCGACUGCAGGAGGAGAGCCAGACGGCAGCGGCUCAGCUCAGGAAGUUUACAGAGUGGUUCUUUCACACCAUUGACAAGAAACCCUGAGAGAGAGGCCGAGAGACCUGCAGGAAGAGAGAGCGAGAAAGCGCAAGAUGGCCUUCACUCCUCCUGGGCACCCACUCAACUCCUACUUAAGACUCCCAGAUGAUCCACAGGCAAACAAACUUUCAAACAAACCAUUACCGGCCCCCAGUGUAAUCAAGACUCUUUAAAAAGCCCCUGCUUAGGAGACUGUAGUGCAGCCCUGUGUGGAAUUAAAACCCCGAUCUGGACCUUAUUCUUGGGAACCUCUUCUGUCUGAAGUGCUGGGCUGUUUCUGAUGUUAACGUUCUCUCCAUCCCGGCGAACGAGCCUCUUGGGAAACUUCCUCAUCUCCGGUGUUGGAGAGGAAUCGAGAAAGGCAACCCCCCCGGGGGGGCCCCGCCAGAGUCCCUGGGAUCUUCUUACAGUAGUGGAAUGUAAAGCUCAUUUACUGUAGUCAGCAUAUAAUCUACCUACGUAUGUCCCGUCAGUCUACUGUACUGUAUACUCCGCUUUACUGUAUCAUACUGCGCACACUGUCACACAGCUGUUUCUGUGCCGGCCUUCACGGACACAGGAGAGAGGAGAGGAGGGUGAGGCUGGGAGGGGAGGGGAGGGGAGGGGAGGGGAGCGGAGGAAUGUACUGGACAUAAUGAAGUGGUACUUACUGUCUGCUUGCACCAAGAGGAAUCCACAUGUGGUGGUCUUUAAACCUAACAGAGGAGAGGGGGAAAAUGAAUGUAGCUCAACUGAGACCCUUUUAUUUCUGGAUUCCCAAAGCCACAAAAAGGUUUCAAAGUUUGAUGUUUCUGGGCCAUUUUUCUUUUUUCUUUUUCUUUUUUUUUUUUUUUCUUUUUCAACGAAUUCCACUUUUUUUUUUUCCUUUUCCUCAGUGUUGUAACGUAGGGUCACAUGGCAGUAAUUUUGAUGUUUUAAAGGUGCUUUCCCUACACACGUUUGUCAGUAGUUUCCAUUCACUGUCACAAUGUCCUAGCAAUAACAAAGUGGUAGUUACGAAACUGUGUUUAAAAAAUAAAAAGUGAAGAAAAAAAAAAACCCGAUGAAAAACAAAAAAAGUUAGCACAAACGUGAAGAGCUCCUGUCGAGAAGCAGUCGUACUUGACAUGUAUUUAUAAAACAGGAAGAGACUGUGCCUAAAACUCUCGGUUGUAAAUGGAUUGUUUCUCUUUGCUUUUAAUUCUCUUUUAUAAACACAUGCCUUGUCUGUGGCUCACUGAUAUGAAAUUGUGUGUAUGAAUGUGUGUGCGUGGGUGUGUGUAGUUUAUCACAGCAAAACGUGUUCUUAUGCAGUGGUUUCUAGCAUUAGAGUAAGCGCCAGUGAACCACACUUACAAUGCCAAAUGUGUUUAUUUCUGUACAUAUCUGCCACAGAAGUGUCUUGUAUUUAACACUAUUAUUUAAGCUUAUUUAACCUAAAGUUGUUUAUUUUAUUAAGGGGUAUUUGUUUUUUUCUUUUGUUUUUUUUCUGCACUAUGGAGAGAUAAAGCUCUGUGUAUGUUGUAAAGUGUGUAGCUUGCCAGGGCAAAAAAGAAAAAACAAACAAACUAUAUAUUUAAAUAUAUAAAUGAUGAUUUUGGAGAUUCCAACAUUUGGAUGCUGCUAGAUUACAGUUUGCUGGUUUGUAUGCUUUUAAAAAUGUCUCUCUCCGGAAACUGUCUCAUCCCUGGUGGGACACUGGUUGCUUUAUUUGUUUUUGUUCAAUUUUUUGUUUUGUUUUUUUAAUAAAUGUAGUUGUAAAAAUAA